AUGGAUAUGUUUUUUAGAAAUCCAACUGUUGCAAUAGAGAAGAGAAAAAAGGAAAAAUUAAGGCAAGCUAAAAUCAAAGAGGCAUGUGACAAAAAUUUAAAGGCCUCAAUUCAUCAAUAUAUUGCUCGAUUUUGGUACCAAGCAGGCUUGUCGUUCAACCUUGUUAAGUUGAAAAGUUUUCAAGAUAUGAUUGAUGCCAUAGAUGCUUAUGGACCUAAUUUACCUGCUCCUAGUUAUCAUGAAAUCAGAGUUCCACUUCUCAACAGGGAAGUUGAGUACACAAAAAAGUUGUUGCAAGAUCAUAAUUGCAAUGGAGCAAACAUGGUUGUUCUAUUAUGGACAAUGUUUGUCAAGUCCAUUGAUGGUUCAAACUUUGUGAAGACAGGAGAAAAACUAUUUGAGAUGCUUAAUUCCCUUGUGGAGGAGAUUGGGGAAGAAAAUGUAAAAGUUAUAAUAGAUAAUGAGAGCAAUUUUGUGUUGGCUGAUUUGAUGCUUGAAGACAUUGGAAAGCUUCCUUUGAUAAAGAAGAUAAUUCAAAGAGGAGUUAGUCUUGUUGGCUUUAUCUAUAGUCAUUCUAGUACCUUGAGUUUGUUGCAUCAAGAGAAGGGAAAUUUAAGAAAAAUGUUCACCUCUGAUGAAUGGAGCAAUAACAAGCUAUCUAAGGAAGUCAAGGGGAGUGAGACUACAAAACUUGUUCUUAUGCCUUCAUUUUGGAAUCAAUUAGUAUUUACUCUCAAAGUCAUGGCUCCUCUUGUUCAUGUGCUUCGUUUAGUGGAUGGGGAAAUAAAAACAGCUAUGGGUUAUAUAUAUGAAACAAUGGAGAAAGCCAAGGAAACAAUAAUGAAGUCAUUCAACAACGAUGAAAGUAAAUACAAUGAUGUAUUUACAAUCAUUGAUAACAGAGGGACAUGUCAACUUCAUCACCCCUUGCAUGUUGCUAGUCACUUUUUGAACCCAGAGUUCUUUUAUUCCAACUUAGACAUGGAAUAUGAUUUGGAAGUUACAAAUGGAUUAUAUGAUUGCAUCAGGAGCUCAAUGGUGGAAGAAUUAUGGGCAUGCAGCUCCCAACUUACAAAAGCUAGCAAUCAAGAUUUUAAGUUUGACAUGUAG